AAAUCUUGUUCAGUUUUUUUUUUUACCAUCUCCACAGGGCCAUUACAUUUAGGUUUUAUAUAUCCGUGAUAAAGACUGAAGAGUAUCGUAGACAUAAGUGCCUGUCUGUUCAGGAGUGAGUAUUUCUGUGCAGCUAAUGUUUGAAAGGUCAACCUUCAUGUACACUGAUUGACAUCUUUCUUUGGUAUUUAAUAAAUAAGUAUGUGCCUACGUGGCCAAGAUGAAUACAUGUGAUAGAAGGCAGACUUUUUAAAUUCAUCUUCUUUUUCUUUCGUCAGCCCGCCCGGUUCAGCAGGCAGUCUGCAUACUGCAGUCAGCACACGUCGGACUUGCUGUUUGUUCUGUGUGUGCGUGUGUGUCUCUGUUUGAAAGAAGGAUGGGGGUGUAUGGAAAGCUCAUACACAAGACUAGAGAGAUUCAGAGAGUGAGGGAAAGAGAAAAGACAGAAAGCAGAAGGAUCCAUCUCAGAAUUAACAAAGAGGACAGCUGAAUGAUCAUCCAUUCUUCUUCAGAGAGGUCUUUGUCGGUGGUUUCAAGCUUAGCAUCGUCCUGAAGACAGAUACAAGACGUGAUGCACACUCCAGCGUCCAUGCUGAUGGGGGUGGUGUUCGCUCCCUUGGGCCUUGUGCUGGUGUUCACUGCAGCGAUCACGCCCCAGUGGAGGGAGGGACAGGCGCGGUUGGGUGCAGCAGGGCGUGCCGGAGCAACCGAGCUCCUCCUACUUCGCUCGGAUGGCCUAUGGGAGAGCUGCCUGCAGGUGGUGCACUCCGAAGUCAAAGAGUGCUGGCCCGUGUCGGGGUCCUACCAACGGGAUGCUCGGGUUCGAAUGGUUCAGGGGAUGGUGCUGUCGUCUCUUUUCUUGUGCGGCGCUGGGAUUGUCCUCGCCAGCGUGGGUGUCCGCUGCUGGACUGAUAUCCCACUUAGGAGCGUAGCGGCAGCUGGUGGCCUGCUGGUGGCGCUGGCGGGUGUGCUCAGUCUGGCUGCGUUAGGAGUUUAUACUCAUAAUCUUUCCAAGCUGGGGAUCGAGGUGGAUUCAACAGUGUCAGAGACGCAAGGACUCAACGUACACAAGCCACCCCGACUAACGUUACACCCGGCCGGGUCGCUCUAUUUCGGGUGGGUGGGAGCCUGGGUGCAGGUGCUAGGAGGAGCCGCUCUGCUUUUUGGAUUUAAAAGCAUGAAGUGUUCGUUCUGCCAUAAGCAGAGACUCAAAGACAGUGCAGAGAUGUAUGAGGUGAACUGUUAGAUGGAGCAAACGUUCCUUCCUGAGAGAUAAAGGGUUUCUUAUGGUGUUUAAAUACAUUGAGUUUGCACAGGACUUGAUGUAGUGUAUAAGAACUGGACAAAUAAGACAUAGGAAAUGGUAGACGUGAUGUUUCUUAAGAGAACUAUAUUAAAAACAAAAACAAGGCAAACAAAAGCCUUAAAGCCUGUUCACACCAAGAACUACCAUAAAGAUAACUAUAACAAUAACUCUAUACCAACAAACCUAACAUUCUUUGUUAUAGCUGUACCAUGCAGUUAUGUCGUCUGCCACUUGAAAUGCAUGACUUCUAUAAAGUCAAGUUAAUUCUGAUGAAUUCUGAAUAAUUUUGUCAUUAAACUUUCUGAAAGCGAUUUCAAUGACAUCACUCCUCUGCGUCGUUAUUAUUGCUAUUGCUGUGGUUAAAACCAGUUUUAGUUAUGGUCCUUGGUGUGAACAGGAGGUCAGCUCACACAGAAGGCUUUGUUCUGCAUUUUAGCUUUUUUCUGAGGUCUAUGAUUACAUAAUUUUUUUAAAUUGCGGUUUUGUCAACUUUUAAAAACACUACUCACGACAUCGCGUUCCUUUUUUCUCCCUCAUUUAAAAUCAAAGAAGCGUUCUGUGUGAACAGUACCUCAGCAGAUACGACAUUGUAGAUUGUAGCCUAUAAAUUGUCGGUCUUGUGGCAGAUCAUGACAGUAGCCUACCGUAUUAUUUUUUCCAAAGUUGUCGUAAAAUGAAAGCAAUGUACUAGUUUCACAAGGCUGCUGGCAAUUGUGGCUUUUCCCGCUAGUGCGUGAAAUGUGUCAUGUGUCAUUUCUUUUAAGCCUAAGGCUGGUAAACAGCAUUUACUUGUAAUUUAUUGAUUUGUAAGUAAUAACUACCUUUACUUGAUAAAUAUUUACAUUGUAAAUAUGUGUAGUUAUUGACUGUUAUGCUAUGUGUUACUGAUUAAAUAUUUCAAAGCA